ACCACCACCGUAGUCGUCGUCGUCGUCGUCGUAUUCGUCGCGGACACCGCGCUUGCAGAGAGCUCCGUCUUCGUCUUCCAUCGAUAGAGAGAGAGAGCGAGAGAGCAGAUUUCUCUUUCAGCUCGAGAUUCUGCUGGAAAGAGCUCCUAAUUCCCAUCUGGGUCUUCGCAAAGUUCGAUCUAUCGAGAGAGAGAGAGAGAGAGAGAGAGACAGAGAGAGUGAGAGAGAUGAGGCUGCUGCUGCUGUUGUUGUCGUCGAUCCUUCUCCAAUGCGUCCUCUGCGCGCAGGUGCUGGCCGACAAGAUCUUGACGGCUCACGUUGGUGGUACUUUUGGACGUAGUUCUCGCGAACCAAAGUAUAAUAUCGAGUUCCAUCCAGAAGACUCUCCCUUUCAUCCGGAUGAUGAUCAGGAAUCAGUAGUUAUGCCCAGUAAAGAUGGACAGAAGUACUUAUGUUUCUUACCCAAGGUUGAGAAAGCCAAGAGUGAAAAACCAAUUAUUCAGCAGAAUGUGACCAAUAUGAUUGUGGAAACGGAGAAACGCGUCAAAUUGAAGACACCUGAUGAGCUGCUUGAAGUACUAAAGGACAGCUGUCUCGUACGACAAGAAGGUUGGUGGUCAUAUGAGUUCUGUUAUCACGGGAAGAUACGGCAAUUUCACGUGGAGGAUGAAAAGGUGGUCCAGGAAUUUAUCUUAGGUAUAUAUGAUUCAGAGGCCACAUCUGCUUUCAACCAGAAUCUCUCUGAUGUCUCGACAUUGAAGGAUCCCCGAUCAAAAGAUGCUUCUCAAAGGUAUCAUGCUCAUCAGUACACUAACGGGACUACAUGUGAUCUUACAAAUCAGCCUCGUGAGACUGAGGUGAGAUUUGUAUGCUCAGAGCCUAGAGCUAUGAUUACUUCCAUCACAGAGUUGUCCACGUGCAAAUACGCUCUCACAAUUCAAAGCCCUAUGCUCUGCAAGCAUCCAUUGUUCCAAGAAGAGAGACCUGUAUGGCACACCAUCAAUUGUAAUGUGAUUCAUAAAGAUCAGAAGGAAAAGAGACCAGAAAAGGAAAAGGUUGAAGAUGAACAGAUUAUCAUGGUUACGGGGGACAAAGGUUCAGUAGCUGAUGAUACAGAAGGAUAAGCAACAAAAUAUCCACACACAAAGUAAAUAUUUUGGGAAGGAGUUUUUCUGGUUUGCUGCUGUUGUAAGGCUUUUCCUGGUAGUGCUUCCAAUAUUCUGUCACCUUGUAACCAGCGUUCGUGCUUGUAGAAAGCUUCUUCAUACAGAUGGAUUUUUUUUUUUUUAAUACCAGCAUUCGAGAUGCUCAGCUCCUUUUAAGGAACAGUAGGAGUAGGAAUACGUGAAGCUCCAAGUUUAACAUGUUGGAGUUGCGUUUGCGGAACUGAUCCCUAGCUUGAAGUGUUCCUCAAGCAAAUUUCAGUUUAACCAAAGCAUGCCAAAGUAAAUGUACUACCACUAGUACUAGUCCUAAUGAGAGAUAGUUGGGCCUUUCUUUCCUGGAA